AUAUUCACAAUUCCAACACGUCUGUUGUGUGAUGGUGAUACACUGAUAAUUCCACGACUAUACGUCGCACUACUUCUCUUGGCUCAAGUAUAAGUUUACAAGCUGACAAGCUGAAUGUAUUCAUCCGCUAACCUCAGAACGCGUUUCGAGGGCAGGCAAAUGAUGUAGAAUGCAGAGACCGUACCUUAAUUGCUCGUAGCUGUGUAGACCCAGUGAUUCGUUUUUAAAAGCAUGGAGCAAACUAAACCGCUGCCGCAGAAGCUAUUCAUUUCUACUGUUUUGGAAAAUAAGGAUGAAUUAGAGGAGAAAUAUGAGAAGUGCUAUGCAUCACUGCAGUCACUGGUGUCUGGUCUUUCUGAGAAGGAGGCACAAAAUGCACUUAAUGCAGCUGUUUGCAAGGAUAAAGUACAUGAAGAGCUUUCUUUGGGCCUGCUGUAUGCAAUACUAACAGAACCUGAACGGGCACCUCGGUGGUAUCGUGAUCUUACUUUAGUUACCCGCGAUGGACUGGCACAUGUGCUUGCUAGUCUCACUCAUCUUGUUAUGGAACGAUACCUCAGACUUACUGAUAGAGCACGUUCCCAACUUUUGUGGCUCGUUCGAGAAAUGAUCCGUGCUUCUGUUGCUAAUGUGGACUCACUUUGUUGGAGCUUGCAGAGGCAUGCUGCAGGAGGAGAUGUCUCACCUCGUAACCUUGUUCUUGUUGAAGCUCUGCUUGAUCUCUACACCGAAAACAGGGCAUGGCUGGAUAAGUUUCCACUGCUGACUGCUGCUGCCGCUUACACAUUUUUGCGCCUUAUAGAGGACCAUUUCUCACCAUCACUGGCUGCCCUGCGGCAACGUGAAGUUACAUUCGUUGUGACAUUGAUACGAGAGCGUUUCUCGGAUUGCCUGGCCAUUGGCCGUGAUCUUGUACGAUUGCUUCAAAACGUUGCACGAAUUCCAGAAGUUGAGCAAUUGUGGAAGGAUAUUUUGCUGAACCCACGCUCUUUGUGCCCAACAUUCACAGGUGUCCUUCAGCUGCUACAGUCCAGGACUUCAAGGAGGUUUUUACAGUCUCGUCUUACACCUGAUAUGGAGAGAAAGCUGGUCUUCCUCACUUCACAAGUUAGAUUUGGUUAUCACAAACGGUAUCAAGAAUGGUUUCAAAGGCAGUACCUGGCAACACCUGAAUCACAGUCUUUACGCUGUGACCUUAUCCGAUUUAUUGUUGGUGUUAUUCAUCCGACAAAUGAAUUACUGUGUUCUGAUAUCAUACCACGAUGGGCUGUCAUUGGUUGGCUACUUACAACAUGCACAUCUGUUGUGACUGCUUCGAAUACGAAAUUGGCAUUAUUCUAUGACUGGUUGUUCUUUGAUUCGGACAAGGACAAUAUAAUGAAUAUAGAACCAGCAAUUUUGGUAAUGAACAACUCAAUGCGGUCCCAUCCAGCUGUAACUGCAACUCUACUUGACUUCCUGUGUAGGAUUGUGCCCAACUUUUAUCCUGCACUGGCAGAGAAAGUGCGUGCUGGCAUCUAUGCAUCCCUCCGUCAGAUCCUAGAUAAACGAGUACUGCCAUCAUUGUUUCCCUUGUUUGAUAACCCCAAACUGGAUGGAGAGCUGCGUGCUAUGGUCCACGAUGUCUUCAGGGAGUUCUGCCUGCCACCUUCUUCAGAAGGUAUUGGCUCAGAACGUUCCUUGUACUCUGUCUCUAGGCGUGCAUGGAUACAGCCAGGAGUCAAGUUAGAAGAUCCUGGAGUCAAUGUGAAGGAUGAGCCAGCUACCGUGACAGACCAGGAUACUAAUCACGAUGAUGCAGUGGAUGGUGAUGGGCCAACUGCUCCAGGUAGCGUCCAGCACAGCUCUGAACCAACCUUUAGUGAUGAUGAUGAGGAUCCACAGGGCUCUAGUUCUGCUCCAGUACUUACACCUGCCACAGUUCUCAGUCGUACACAUGCACCACGUCUGCACUCUCUGGACGAAGAAGAUGACGAUGACAUUCCCCUUGCAAAAGUUCGUCUCAAAGAGAAGCCAACUGCAGAUUCUGAUGCAGAUGCAGAUAUCAUUCAGCAGUUGGAUGGAGAUUUCCGGUUAGCUGUAGAGUCUCUACAUACCGAGACAGACAACGAAGCCAGAUGCCAGGCAAUGGAACGGUUGGUGCAGCUGAUAGUCCAGGAAGAUGACAUUGAUUCUGAAACCACAGCUGUUCUGGGGCAGUGUCUUGCUGUUGUAUUAAAAGAGCAAUUUGAAGGAACAGUUUUCCCUGAGGAAGUCAAUGAUGAGAACAUAGAGGACAGUAUUGGGAAGCCACUAUUUGUACUGUUACGGAAUCUUAUUCAGUUGCCUGAAGAUGAUAGCAGGCGGUUACCAUUGCUAGCAGUCCUUGCAGAACUGGCACCCCAAGCACAACGUGUUGGCUACUUACUCCUGUACUUCCUGAAGGCCUGCAAACUGAAUGACGGAAAGGCAUCAGUCUACAAGGAUUUCUGCCAGACCAUGGACAAAAAGCUUGAAGAUUGCCUCCUGGAAGAUCUUAGGUUAUGCCAGGAAGAAGAUGUGAGAUUACUUGUGUGGUUGCUGCCUGAGGUAUAUGCACAGUUUCCUGCAGUCGCCGUGGGCAAUGCUCAACUGCUGCAACUAGUUGUAUCUGCAGUAGAUGCCUUGCAGUUACAGGAACUUGUCUGUCAUAUUCUCCAAGGACGCCUCGUAAUGUUUCGACAUGAUGGAUUUCGUGCUCUUCUUUCUGCAUCACUUUCGUGGGAGACUUUCGAGCAGUACUGUUUGUGGCAGCUUGUAGCAGCACAUGGCAUUCCAGUGGAUUACAUACUACCCAUUCUGCCACGCCUGGAAUUCACAAGACACGCUGAGGCUUUGACUUCUAUUCUUUUAAUGCUGAAGCAAGAAAGGCCAACAGAAGAGCUCCUUCGAGUAAUUCUGUCAAGAGAAGUACGAGGUGGGGAUAUGUUUGUUGUGUCAGCAUUACGAUGUUGGUGCCGUGAGCACGAGGAAUUGCUAUGUCGUCUCGUUGCUCAGCUACUGACACCAGUUGGAGGAACAAAUUCAUCACCUGGGAAACGAAAACGUGGUGGUGGGAAUCAGCAACCAGGAGGAAAACCAUCGCCGAGUAGUGGUACCCCUCCUGUAGAGCAGGUACUCGGGCAUCUCGACCAUUUACGGCAAUCCUGCAAACAAAAUGGUUGCCGACUGUAUGGGUCAGAGGUGGUACAAAGAGCCCUGUUGCAGGCACAGUCCCAGUGCAGUGAUCCGCAGAGGAAACGUUUCUCUGACCUCUUUGCCCUUGCUGAAGUAGAGGAACUGGAACCCCGGGGUCGGAGAGGAGGUGGGGGAGGGGGUGGUCGUAAACCGAGAGGGAAAGGGAGGCAAGCAACUCGACCAUCUGAUUCCUCAGAAGAUUCUAGUGAGGAAGAGGAGGUGGUGAAGCCAAAGCAAGCGAAAAAGAGGAAAAAGACUAACCCAGUAGGCUCGGACAGUGACUGACCGCACAGUUAUGGUGAACAAAGUGUGUGGAGCUGGUGACAGAACCUCAAUGGUGCCCUUCUAUAUGACUGACAAAUUGGUGGCCAAACCAUAAAGUUAGUGUUGUCAAAGAAGGGCGUAUUAUUAUGACUUCAUAUUCUCUUGAUGGGCAUAGAUUUAUGGUGCUCUUCCUCUCCGAGUUGUUUUGCAGGGUAAACUUGAUCGUGUGUACAGUAACAUACUUUUGUAAAUAAAUGAACUGACCAUUUCGUGUGUCAGUGAAAACCCUCAUGUCUUAGUGUUGUUUUGGACCCAGACGGCAACAACAUUGACCCUUGUUUAUGUGUAACGUGCGAGUGAAAAACUGGAUUUGGUGUUCAGAGUGUUAACAGAUUUUAUAGUUACAAUUUAAUGACGGCAGAACGUUGGCAUGAAAAUAUUGCCACUCCAGAGGACACAUUCAUUCCUGCACCUUGUAGUGUUGUUCUACUAGGUGAACAUAGACUAUAUUUUAUGAAGAGUGGUUUAUUGUAUAUAUUUACAUUGUCAAGCACUCUUCUUAGAGUGGCUCAUUUCAUUGUCUGGAGUACGAUGCUGUUCAGUGUGCUGUUAAUUUUGACUGAAAACAUUUCAUCACGGAAACAAUAUAAGCUGUAAGUUUGAAACAUGUAUGUGAACAGUCACAAUUUGCAUGCAGCUAUUCCCUUUAGAUAAAUAAUCAUUACAAGUGCCUUGAUUGACAGAAUGUGGAAUAGCAUUUGGCAAGCUUUAAUAAAAGUAGCACCAUUUUAAAUUCAGAACUUGAGCUUCUGAAGAAAUUGCAAAUAUUUUUUUUAACAAUGUUAUUAUACGGGUGCAGUUCGCAUGGACUGCAAAGCAGUAAAUAAGAAUGCAUUAGUUUUUACUAGCGUGCUAGAUCCUGAUUUUUGCUGCUGCUAUAAAGAAUUUCUCCACGAUGUAGUUUAUAUUUAUUAAACAUUGCUGACAGGUAAGAGCUAAUAAUCUUAUGGAAAUGAGAUAAUUCAAGACUAUACUGUCUAGCAUUUUAUGAAGAAAAAUUAAACAUGCUGUCAGUAAGUGUUAUCUUGUCAGUAUGUUUCCAGAUAAAACCUCACAAACUGUGACUGGUUCCAAGGCUACAUAUGUACAUGUAUAUGUGCAGAAUUCUAUCUUUAUUUGGAAUAAAUAGAAGUAAACGUCGUAAGAGAAACUUAAAUUGUGAUAAAGAUGCAUGUAACAUUAAGACAGAGGAGUUACACAAGAGAAUCGUGCAUUCCACUGAAAUGUGAAUAAAAAUGAGAGGGCAUCAUCAUAAAAAAAUCAGUGCAACUUGUGUGCCUUCCCUGUUAAAACUGUCACUUAUCUGCACUGUGUUAGUUGUUGGAUAUUUCCUUAUGAACUCAUAGCAAGUGAGAUAAGAGAAUUGUAUAAAAUGAAGUUAUUCAGAUCAUACCGUGCAUUUAUAUGAUCUUACUACUUUGUUAACUUCUUUGCCGUGUGAAACUUGUAGCUCUAUUUAUUACAGUGUAAUUAUUGUAAAUAUUAACUUAGUAAGAGGAAAAAUUACAGUGAAAUUUUUCUUGUUCAAAUUGUACAGUACAUUUUCCACCUUGUCAUUAUUGUGAAAUUUUUGUAUUUGUGAUAUUUGUGAUGAAUCAAAAAUUAUCUUUGUAUUAAUGUUUCGUAUCGGACAACUGUUGAAAUGUAUAGUAAUUUUGUCAUACACGGACAGAUCACGAAUUUUAUCAUUUUUAAUAUGGCUGCAUUUGGCAGCCGAAAACUAGAGAGUUUUAAUUACCUCCUUAUUUUCAUUACUUUUGUGUAAAUAUAUUGUGAAUACAUUUGAAAUGUUGUGAAAAACUCCAUUUCGGCAUUCUGCACCUGUGAUACAGGUGUUAGAAGAUAAAAUAUUUUUUAAACA